UUAUUAUUAUUGUUGUUGCCGUGCUGCAUUGCAUCGUGCGCGCUCUCACACAAUAGCGGACGAUGUGAGGGGCAGGGAAGAAUUAAAAAGAAAAAAAAUUUUUUUUUUUUACAAACGAAAAGCGAUUUUUUCGAUCAAAAUUUUUUUUCCCUUCGCUUCCCGUCGCGCCGCCGCCACCGCUGCUCGUUCAGUGCGCGCGUGUGUGUGUGUGUGUACGUGCUCGUGGAAAACUGCCGCCGCCGCCGCCGCGCUUUCGUCCGGGGGGCCCCUAUCGCGCAAGGAAACGCGACCGACGACGACUACGCUCCACACCGCUGCGCUACCCCGACGGAGCCGCCGACCGUCGUCAUCUCCGCUGGCAACCGUGGCACAGCGAGGACGUGCUGCCCUGACCAUUGUGCCCGCGACCCACCAGCACAGCCGACCGGCCGGACGUCCUGUCCGUCGUCGUCGUCCAGCAGCCGUCCGCCGUCGUCGUGUACACACCGUCUGCGGUCCGGCGUUCCGUCGUUCUGAAAUGCCGCUGUCGUCGGAUCGCCUCUGCGUCCACCGCUACGCACAACCAAAGCCGGACUCUUCGCUCUGAUAUUACAUGCCCACGAUUGCGGUGCUGUAAGAUUUUAAUCUGACUUUCAACAACAUAAAUACUUGUAAAAACUAAAUUAUUUGCCAUGGUUAUGGUAACUUUCAUGAACCACAAACUUUUAAUGUACGUAUAAUUCAAAGAAAAAUUAACUAUGGAUAAUAGAAGAUCAUGGAAGGGACAACUGUCGCUGAAGGAAUCAGAACAUCGCAGGUAUUCAGAUUCAGAAGAACACAAGAGUAAAACAUCAGCAUCUAAUAAUUCAGAAUUAUCAAAUCUAGUUUUGAUGCGCAACAGUACUUUGGGGCAGUCAGCACCUUCUUUAUCAAAUAGUUUGAGAGAAUUACAUGUUACUGGAGGAUCUGGAAGACGUUCAAAUAAGGCUAGUCACAGAAAAAGUUUUAUAUCAAAUACAUCACCUACAUUACCAAGAUGUCACUCUCCAAUGUCAAGUAGUCCACUGGAAAGCCCCAAAGUAGUUCACUCUCAUCCUCAUUUUCCAUUUGUUUCAAUAAAAAGGCCAUACAAUUUACUCAAUACAGAUUGUCGUGAUGGAAGAAGGUGGUCUGUUGCUUCAUUGCCAUCAUCAGGUUAUGGAACCACUUCUGGAAGUUCAAAUGUUUCAUCUCAGUGUUCCAGUCAAGAGCGUUUACACCAGCUUCCAAAUAUGCCAACAUCUGACGAAUUACAUAUGUUUUCUAAACAUUUUUCAUCCAAUGACAGCACUCAUAGUGCAGAAGAAGAUAACAUAAUUUAUCGUAAACCCCGUUUCAAUCGCCCACGUUCUAGAAGCUUAAGCAGUCCGAGCAGAUCACCUGUACUUGAUAAUGAUAUAGUUAUGAUGAAUGUGCUUUAUAAAGAUAGGUUUCCCAAGGCUACUCAUCAGAUGGAAGAACGUUUAAGCAUGUUUAUAAAUGAAUAUGAAAAACUUAAUUUAGAACACAUUGAUAUAUCAGCAGACGCUGUACCUAUUGUUAGAUUUGUUAAUCAUCAAGUGUUAGAGAUAGCUAGAGAUUGCUUAAAAAAGUCUGAAGAAAAAUUAAUUACACGAGGUUACUUUUAUGAAAUGUCAGAAAAUUUGGAGUUAUUGUUGGCUGAAGCAAGAGAAAAGUCCGAAGAAGCCACUGCACUUUUGACAGGAACAAUGAAAAAAUUGUUAUUAAUAAUAUCCAGACCAGCUAGGUUACUUGAAUGCUUAGAAUUCGAUCCUGAAGAAUUCUACCAUUUGCUAGAACAAGCUGAAGGUCAAGCUAAAAUCUGUCAAGGCAUUAAGGAUGAAAUACCACAAUAUAUAAUAGGAAAAUUAGGCUUAAAUCGCAACUCUGUUGAUGAUAUUGAUGUAAACUUUCAUAAAUUAGAUGAAUAUUCUUCGUCUUUAAUGAAAAAAACUCAACAACAAAGUACUAAAAAAGAUACAUUUUCUGCUGCACCUUCAGAAGUUGAUUUUGAUGUAAUUAAAUUGAUCUCUAAUGGUGCAUACGGCGCUGUGUAUCUCGUAAGACAUAAACAAACUCGUCAACGAUUUGCUAUGAAAAAAAUUAUCAAGAAUAAUUUAAUGUUACGUAAUCAAAUUGAACAAGUAUUCGCUGAACGCGAUAUCAUGAGUUUUACUGACAAUCCAUUUGUUGUCACCAUGUACUGUAGUUUUGAAACAAGGAAACAUCUUUGUCUUGUAAUGGAAUAUGUUGAAGGGGGUGAUUGUGCAUCUCUUUUGAAAAAUAUUGGUCCUUUACCACCAGAUAUGGCAAAAUUUUAUUUCGCUGAAACUGUACUUGCCGUUGAAUAUCUUCAUAAUUAUGGAAUAGUGCAUCGUGACUUAAAACCUGACAAUCUUUUAAUUACUGCAUUAGGCCACAUAAAACUGACUGAUUUUGGAUUAAGUAAAAUGGGUUUAAUGUCAUUGGCAACUAAUUUAUAUGAAGUACAUGUGGACAGAGAUACUCGCCAAUUUUCUGACAAACAAGUUUUUGGUACACCUGAGUAUAUAGCUCCAGAAGUGAUUUUAAGACAAGGUUAUGGUAAACCAGUGGAUUGGUGGUCUAUGGGAAUAAUAUUAUAUGAAUUUUUGGUAGGGUGUGUACCAUUUUUUGGUGAAACACCAGAAGAACUUUUUGCCCAUACUGUAAAUGAUGAUAUUGAAUGGCCAGAUGAAAAUGAAUGGCCAAUUCAGCCAGAAGCUAAAAAUAUAAUAUCAUCAUUACUGCAACAAAAUCCUAGAGAUCGAUUAGGUACUGGCGGAUCACAUGAAGUCAAAGAUCAUCCUUAUUUUUAUGGAGUUGAUUGGAAUUCAUUAUUGAGACAAAAAGCAGAAUUUAUGCCACAAUUGGGCAAUGAAGAAGAUACUAGUUAUUUUGAUUCCAGAAGUGAUCGUUAUAGCCACGAAAUUGAUGAGGAUACAGAUGAUGAUUCAUUGAUUUUGGGUACAUUUUCAUCUUGUUCACCACAGUUCAAAAAAGUAGCAAGUAAAUUGUCAAUGAGUAAUGAAUAUCCAUCAUUAUCUCCUUCAGUAAACUAUAAAGAUGAUUCUUUAUCUAUUAAUACUGGAAUGUUUGACACAUCAGCAUCAGAAGGAGAAACAGUUGAUGAAAGUUUAAAAUCACCUGUAGCUAAGAAAACAUCACUUGACAAGUCACAAAAUGAAGACAAUGAAAAUACUCAAAUAAGUCGUAGGCGGCGCUUAUAUAGUAAAGAAAGUAUACCGAAAUUCUCAAUUUCGAUUGAAGAUGACAGAUCUCCGCAAUUAAGAAGUUUAUCAGAAAAUGAGUCUGAUGAUCCUUCAUCAGAAAAAAAGGAGGAAUUCCUAAGUUUACCUGUGACUACUAAUCUAUGCCCCACUUUACCACCUUCACCAAGUACUUCAAGCAUGGCUAAAAGUCACAAAAACAAUUCUCUUGGUGGUCAACGGGCAAGAUCUGUCAUCAAGAGUUUUUCAGCCACCGGAUUGUCUCUGAUGAUACCUCCUGAAUCCAGUAAUAAUGGAUUGCAAAUGAAGUCUCCAGGAUCUUGUAGUGCGUUAAACUCGCCUUGCCGCGAUGCACCUUUAAUCACCAGUUUGAAGCCACCAAUUAUAUUGCGCAGAGGCCCCUCAGGCUUUGGGUUUACAGUUAACACUAUUCGUGUAUACUAUGGCGAUAGUGAUUUUUACACUAUGCACCAUUUAGUAAUGGCGGUGGAUCCCGGAAGUCCGGCGUUCGAAGCGGGCCUGAGCCCUGGUGAUCUGAUUACUCAUGUAAACGGAGAACAAGUUCAAGGGAUGAACCACACACAAGUAUUGCAGCUCCUGUUGUCCGGUGGUGACAAAGCUACCUUGCGGUCCACGCCACUGGAGUUUACGACCAUCAAGACCGGCGGACGGCGCCGGGAACCUGGCCAGAGCAAGUUGGCAUCGAACUCCAGGCACAAAGGCCUCGGGUUCGCGCACCACUCGCACCGACACAAGAGGUCGCAGCGCAAAGACAUACCGGCCGGCGAAAGCAGACGCCGGCAAAAGUCGUCGUUGUUCCGUCGGAUUAGCACCAAAUGCACGCCCGACUAUCAACAGCUUACCAUCAUCGGAAAUCGAUCGCCUGUAGCAGGAGGUGCCGCGACGCAGGAUGCGGUGGCAACAGCGGCGGUGGCGUCGUCGACGUCCGCGGACUACUCGUCGUCGACCAGCUCGUCGAGUUCGUCGGCCAACUCGUCGCCGACGGUGACGCCCAACUCUCCCACGCCGUACCAGCGGCCGUCCACGCUGCACGGGCUCAAGCACAAACUGCACUCGGUCACCAAAAACCUGCACUCGCCGAACCGCCGCAAGUCCGUCGGCCACAUUCCGCUGUCGCCGCUGGCCCGGACGCCGUCGCCGUCGCCGCUUCCGCAGUCGCCCACCCGGUCGCCCAGCCCGCUGACGUUCUCGUCCGGCCACCAGCCUGGAAGCUCGAACACCACGCAGUCGUACAGCCCGUCGUCGCUGACGUCGUCCAACCCGGCGGCAUCGUCGGCAUCCACCGGAUGUGCGGCCGCGGCGGGUUCCAACGCGACGGCCGGCUGUGGCGGCGGUUCGUCGGGCGGCUCCGUCAUCGUCGUCAAGAAGACGGCCGGUUCGUCGUUCGGCCGGCCGUGCAAGACGUCGGAACCGGGGUCGCCCCUGUUGCGCCGCGCACUGUCGCCCGACCGGUUGCACCCGCGCACCGCCGAGACCAAGUCCAAUUCUAUUUCGCCGCUGUGCGAUCCCGCACUCAAGGUGACCACGCACCACGCGCCCAGGGUCACGGUCACCACCAAGUCGCCGCCCAUGUGCGUCCGAGGACCCGGCGUCGCGUCCGCCAACUCGCCGCUGUCCAAGACUUGCACGACGACGACGACGACUACGACGACUACGAAAAUUUUGCAAAACGACUCGGCUUCCGCCGCCGAUGAGAAGAAGAAGAUCGUCGUCGUCGUCCCGCCUGUGGUCGGUAAAAGCGAACAACCGCCGCCGCCGCAAGUCGGCAAAAUGUUCGCGGCGGACGUGAUCGUCGGCGGCGGCAUAGUCGGUCACGUAUCGUUGCCUCGUAUCGCCGAGGAAAGGGACCAUCAGCAACAGCAGAGUGUUCACAACAAUCAUCAUCAGCCGACCGCCGUGGUGGCGGUCAUCGAAAGGCCGAAGCCCACGAAAUCCGCGAACGGCGGCUGCAGGUACUUCUUCAACAGGAAAUACAAACAGAACAGGGAACAGCAGCAGCAGCAGCUGCAGCCGCCUCAACCGCAGACGCCGUCUUGUUGCAAGUCGCCCGACGUGGAGGCGUCGUGCAAAAACGGCGGUGCGGUCGCCGGAAAACAAUGUACGCCGAACGACGCGUCGACACCGUCCACACUUCAACCCUGAGCGGGGUCGACGACGUCCGACGACGAUGACGAUAACUCAAAUAUUUAUAUUUGGUUUACUCCGGAGCUCUCGCUCUCGACCCUUAGCGCCACAUCCCCACCUUCCCCCUCGGCGGGAUUUUACGAUUAAUUAAUAUUACUUUCAUUCAUAUAUUAUGUAUUAUGUAUAAUUAUAAUAUUAUUAUUAUCUCUAGACUAGGUGAAAACUGUUGGUAUAUGUUUUUGUUGUUUAUUUUUUUUUUUUAUAUAAUUUGUUUAUAUAUAUAAACUAUAGUUUACGUUAUAAUCAUUUAUCUCCGCGCUAUCGAGUACGAAGCCGCUUAAGUUUGCGUCGUUGUAGACCUCGUAAAUGUCGUGAUAAUGUGCUUGUGGAUAAAUACUCGUAUAUAAUAAUAUGAUAGAAAUGCACAGUCUUAUCAAAUGUUUUAUACGUUCGUGGAUUAAAUACUAUUGUUAUCACACUAGCGGUCGGAUUCCGAAACGAUUAAAAUGUAUUAUAUUCGUUUACUAAUGCACAACGUUCUGUAUUUCAUUAUUGUUUAGGAACAAUAUUUAAAUUUAAUUUCAGUUUCGGUCUGGAGGAAUUUUUUUUUUUGUCAUUCAAAUUCAUUACUGUCGCUUUCGUUUGUACGACCAAUGCGCGUUUGUAUAUUGGUACCUAGUUAAGCGGUUGAGUGCUUUCAUCCGAGUUCGUUUAUCGUACAACAUGUUAGUUAUAGGUAUUUGUUCUACCUAUGCGUGUAUGUUAGUUUGCGUCAGAGUUCGGAUCGAGCUCGCUCGUGUAUGUGUGUAUGUGAGUGUGUUUGUGUAUACUAAUGCAGAACGCAUAAUAAAAUAUGCGACACGUGAUACUUGAAUAGUAUUAGUGAAAACUUUAUAAUGAUUAGCGUUUUCGGUAUUACUCGUGUUAGAGUUAUUUAUUUGUGAUAUUUUGUGAUAGAUAUAUGUACCCUAAUCAUUUAAUUUUUGUUCAUAAUUUUGGUCGUUUAUUACAUUUAGUAGGUAGAUAGUAGGUAUGUAGUUUCCAAACACGUCAUAAGAACCCAUUCAUCUUAUUAUUCAUAACAUAAUACUUUAUUAAUUAUUAUAUAACAAUUUAGGUUUAUAUGUAUAUAUUAUACAAUAUACAUACAAAUAACCUAUAUAUAUAUUUUAUUUGUUAUUUUUUGUUUUUUGUUUUUUUCAUUGUCGUCAAAAUAAUUUAAUAAUCAAACUUUUUUUUUAGUAUUCUAUUGGUAAAGAUCAUUCAAGGUGAUAGUUAUUUAAGUAUAAGUCAGGUUUAUUAAUUUUUUUCCUUAUUACGUACAUUGUACUUGAAAUGUAUUCUGAAAACAAAAAAAAAUUUAAUCGUUUUAAAAGACUGGAGAUUCAUUAAUCAUAUUUGUAUAAAUUUAACAUUGCACUCUACGAGCAGAAUAUUUAAUUUUGUUUUUAAUAUAAUAUUUAUCUUUAAUUCUUCAUCUUGUAUGUUAAAUAAUUUGUAUUUAGGUAUCGUUCUAAACGGUUUUAUAUUUUAUUAUAAUAUAUGAUUUUAAUAUGUUUAAUCAUUUUUUCUAUUAAAAUAAUAAGUAUAUUAGAAUAUAAUUUGUAAUAAGAGUGCCAAUCGCAAAUUUAGAAAACUUUUUUUGCAAUAAGCCAAUUAAUUUGUUUAAUGCGUAAGUAAUUUUUUUUUUUUUUUUGUAAUUUUAGUUAGGCUUAUUAAUAAGCCAUAAAUCUUGUUAUGUUCUGUUAUGAUACGUCGUUUAUGAAAAAUGUUCGAAAGCACAUGCGUAACACUCGUUUCGAUAUUAAACUCGUCACAUUUUUCUUACGCGGUUCGUUAUAUUAUAAGUUUUAAAUUUAUGUUUUAUUUUUGCUUUCUUCCUAUCUUGUGUCUACCAAAAAUUAUCGUUGAUGUAUAACAUUAUGGCCGUGUUAUUAUAUUUUAUUAUCAUCGUUUUCCCUGCGUCUUGCGAUGCCGUCAAAGCUCAAAAGGUAAUUGUUCAAAAACAAAUACCUAAAAAUUAUUUAUUUAUUAAUUUUAAUUAUUAUUGAUAAUCAUUUGUGCGUUAACGGUGCACGUCGUGUACCGUCACGUAGUAUAAUAACAUAGGCUUAAUAAUGUUAUACGUUUUACGGUUAUUCGCUGUCUAAGGUUACAACCUGUUCUUGUUUUUAUUUUAUUUAUUUUCUUCUUUAACCUUUACGUUUUGUCUUGUUAUUAUUAUAUUAUAUGUUUAUAUAUUUCGCAAAUGCAAUUUAUCAUUCUAGUGUACACGUUUAUUACAAUUUACGCAUUGUUGAAUCAUAUUUGUAAUAAUAAUAAUAAUAGUAAUAAUAAUAAUUAAUAUUGAUAUCAUUGCCGUGUAAUGUGUCGAACUUUCCGUCUCGUCUACUGCCCACCGUUGGUGUUGAUUUUUUUAUACUUACCAAACGUGGUAUUUUAAAAAUCUCAGUUGGGUGGGAUUUUUUUUUCAUUCCCUGAGCACACAAUAUCACAGUCCUAGGACGCUACCACGAAAAUCGCGUUGGUUUUCUAGGUGUAUCGUGUGCUCAGUACGCGUUCGCAUCCCAAAAAUGUCCCCUUUGAUUUUAAUUUAUUUAUUAUUAUUAUUUUUAAUUUAAUGUGUCGGUUUUCCUUUUUUAGAUAGAUUCGUAAUCGUUAUAUUAUUAUUAUUAUCAUUUUAUUUUUAACAUUUUUUAUGUACAAAAUAGUCGAUAAAUUGUAUCUAAUCAAUAAACUUAUUUUUUUUAA